AUGGAGCGACAGCUAACCGAUCCCUUCGCCGACUAUGGUUCCAAGGACUGGUGGUUUGCCCUCACCAUCCUCUUCGCGCUCCUCUUCAUUAUGGUCAUUCUCAUCUUGGCCGAAAUCAAGAGGAAGUGCACGACAGGCGAAUUCCAAGAGACUAUGAAGGAUGCUGCCAGGGGGGUUUGGUGCUUGAUCAAGGCUGUCUGCCGCGGAGUUCUCGCAGUACCUGGUCUUAUCUUUCACGCACCUGGCAUGAUCAUUGCAUGCAUUAAAGCCCGCAACGAGGAGUGUAAGCACAAAGGUAUCCAAAAGGCCCUUCUUGACGCUUCGAAGGCAGAGGCUGGGCAGGCAAAGGGUCCAAAAGACAACAUCAGAGCUCGAAAGAACGACUUGGCGCCUACCGCUGCUACUCACCCCACUGCACCGCCUGCCGAAGCCUUGCCUUCCACUCAAUCAUUACCCUACAGAAUGAUCAGUCGGAUCUUUCGAUGA